GGUAAACUAAAUGAAAAUAUGAAAUGUUGCCUUGGCAUUUAACUGCAAAUAAAAUAACUGUUUAAAAAGUAUUUUAUUUCAGUUAAAGUUUAUUUUAUUUCAAGUAAAAAUAGUUUUUGAAUUCAGCUUUAGUCUUUGUUAGCUAUAAUAACCCUGAUUUGUUCGGCCUUUCCAAAACACAUCUACUGUAUGUGUCAAAACCUUGCAUGACCCUAAAUGUAAAUUAUUCACAAAAUGUCAAAAAAAUAAUUAGUUUAACCAGUGUUUCAAGCAGUAAGAAAAUCGACUGACCCCAACACAACAGGAAGGUUAAAGGGUUAGUUCACCCAAAAAUGAAAAUUCUGUCAUUAAUGACUCACCCUCAUGUCGUUCCAAACCCGUAAGACCUCCGUUCAUCUUCGGAACACAAAUUAAGAUAUUUUUGAUGGAAUCUGAGAGCUCUCUGACCCUCCAUAGACCCCAAGGAUCCUUACAGGAUCAAGGCAGAAACAUAGCAAGGACAUCAGUAAAAUAAUCCAUGUGACAUCAGGGGUUCAACUGUAAUUUUAUGAAUAUAUUUAUUAGUAUUAAAAUAUUAAUAAAAACUAUAAUAAUAUUGCAAUUAUACUAAAAUAACAGGUUUUUCAUGACUGUGGAAAAUAAAGAAGCCAAUAUAAAAUAUUAAGUUUAUUUUUAGUUGUUUCAGCUUAUUGUACUGCUUCUUUUUUGGCAUAUUUUAAGUCAUUUUAAGUUAUUAAUAAGCCCCUCUGGAAACAUAUUGAGUUUAAUUUCAUUAAUAAGACCUCAAGUUUAUAUUCUUUGCAUGUCAGCCUUGUGUGAACAUCUCUUGAGCAUGUUUUAUGACAGCAGCAUGCGGUCAGAGACACAUAACAUGAAAAAAAUGACUAAAGAGCUUGUAAUGUUCUGGUUUCCUGGACAAACAUAACAAUAACAUACAAUACGAUACAUAUUUUGGAUUCAUUUCUGCUCCACUAGUGACUAAUUGCAACCUGUUUGAGGGACAUGACAACACUGGCUCAACCAAUAGCCCAGCCAAUGGCAGAUGGAGGAAACCAAAGAGUGUUUUUGCAGUUCUGUUCGUUCCUCAGAUGAUCCAGACGCCCCGCGGUGGAAAUGCUACGGUCGGACAGACGGUUCGUCUCACCUGUACGUCUGCCUCUCUACCUCCCGCCUGCUUCUCAUGGGAACUUAACGACCAGCCGGUGACCGCCGGCCAAUCAGGGAGUGGCGUGCUGAGUCUGCAGAUCUUCUCCACCAAUCAGAGUGGCCGUUACGCCUGCAUCGCACGGGAUGACGUCACAGGAGGGACAUCGAAGCAGCAGAUAGACCUGGCCAUUGUGGAUUGCAAACAGAGCCUUUGUCAAUGGAAACCACCCUGAUCCCACAUUACACAACUCACUCCCAAAAAACCUCACCGCCAUUCCCAAUAACAACAAUGGGAACAUCAACACAAUGUCACAAAACAUGCCCAGCAACUCCAACCCACUUCAUCAUAAUGGCCAUUUGAACACUGAUGUGUUCCAACACAACUUCAGCACAGUCCCAGACAAUGGGCAUCAAAACAAUUCAUAUCCAAACAAUGGCCCUCAGAGAUCGUUCCCACAGUUUGUCCAACACAAUCCCAAUAUCCUCAUAAAACGGGUAGUUCUCCGCCUGGUGCGCUUGUGCCUACAGUUCAUGUAAACCUCAACACCUUGCCACGUAAUGUCCAGUUUAGUAAUUCACAAACUCAAACGGUGCAUGUCAUCUUGAACACAUACCCUCCAGAAGCAAAUCAGAUGGUCCAGCAACAUGCAGAAAGUGCACUACAGAGUCAACAUAUUAACAGCAACCAUCAAAAUCAUUCUCAGAAUGGCUUGCUGAACUCAGACCCUUUGAUAUUGAGUAAUCAGACACAAACAAUGCUCAAUAAUGCUUCAACAAAUGGUUGUCACCAACCCAACGGCCUCAUUCAGACUGGAUACUCUCACCCUACCAAUCUAACCAAUGCAAACCGUCGAACUGCCAACUCAAGAUCAUCAGCAGAAGACCGAACUCAACGUUCAGAACGCACCUCCAACAGAUGCCUUGUGACCGUUUGCAGGGAACAUCUGCAUAUCCCAACCCUGAAGUCUAUAGUUCAGACAGUAGUGGAUCUUCAGAUUGGCCACAAUGAGAAGCACAGAGGGAUCGUUCUGCUCUGAGAUACCGGGAAACUGAAUCUUCAGGAAGGUUGAUCCAAGCUGCUCCUUUCCCCCAAAGAAGGGACCUCCAGAGACCAAUCGUGCUUAACCACUCUCAAAUGCACCCAAACGUGCAAAGACAAUCAAUCCAACAGAACUUAAGCACACAACCGCAAGUCUAAUUUCAAAUCCAGACCGCAAUACCUCAAAACCAUAGACUAUAAAAAAGGUGGCCGAUGCGUCUCCACUUCCUUCCACUAUAGAAAAGUGAAGCC